GAUCCCGCCAUCAGCGCCUCUGUCAGAAUUCCGGGGUAAUAUUCUCAGAAGAGUGCAUCAGAAAAAUGAAUAUUUUGGUGCGAAAUAUCAAGAAAUUACGGAUAAACACUAUCGGCAACACCUGCAGCAAUGUCCUCCUGCAACACAGCCCCAGUCCACAAGUGGACAUCGCCAGGACGACAAGUUUCUUCGUGAAAUUGCCAGCAGAGCAGCUAUGGAAGGGUGUGACCUCCGUGAGUAAUGCAGGAAUGAAGCGUGGUCGUGGCCGAGGGGCAGCAAAGAAGAAGGGAAGGGAUCUCAAUCGUGGUCAGGUGAUUGGCGUUGGUAAGAUUAACAUGGUCUGGCCGGGACUCAAUGCUCCUGUUGCGAGGGGAAGGGAACUUGUGAAGCGUGAGGAGCUGCCUGAGGACAAAGAACGCGAGGCUAACUUGAUAAAAUUGAGGGAUUCUAUGGGUUUCCGGAGAAUGGGAAGGCUGAGUCCCAUCGAUCGGGGUUGGUCUGGGAACAAAAUGCCAGGACGGAGUAUCGGAGCUCCGGAUCCAAUUGGUGAUCAGACAUUUGAGGGCUUUGACACGAGAGUCCUGGAGCUAAAGACAGUUUUUAUCAUGAAGGGAAAUGUGGGCAGGAAGAGGCGAUUGUCAGUGAUGGCAGUUACGGGGAAUGGGAAUGGUAUUGCUGGAUUCUCCGUGGCCAAGGCCAUUGAUACCAAAACUGCCAUGCGGAAGGUGAAAAAUCGUGCUGGACAGAAGCUAAUCCAUGUGGACAUCUGCAAUGGACACACAGUCUUCCACGAUAUCUUCUGCCAAUUCGGAGCCACGAAGAUCUUCAUCAAGCGGAAGCCUGAGGGGUAUGGGCUGGUUUGUCAGCGAGCCAUCAAGACCAUCUGCCAGGUGAUUGGAAUCAAGGAUUUGUACGCAAAGAUUGAGGGUUCCAGAAAUCUUCAGCACAUCGUUAAGGCUUUUUUCAUUGGGCUCCUCAAGCAGAAGACACAUCAACAGCUCGCUGAGGAAAAGGGGCUGCAUGUAGUGGAGUUCCGGAAGGAUCAAGGAAACUUCCCCACGGUUGUAGCUUCUCCGACAAAAUGUCGAACAGAAGAUGAGAUUCCUAGCAAUGAAAUUCUCGAUUUCACUCAAUACGGUCUCGAUGGGAAAAUUGUGCUGAAGAAGAAGAAGUAUCCACCCUUCUACGUGGGCACCUAUGGACACAAUAAAUACCUGAGGAAGCAAGAAAACGUCCGGGGACAUUUUGAAACCAUCAUUGACAUGAAAGUGCAUCAUGGAGAGAUUAGGAGCUUCCUCACGGACAAGCAUCCGGAAUGUAAGCCCUAUGUGAGGCCAAAAAAGCAGGCUGAGGAGUAAAGCAGUUGAUCUAGUGACCAUUUAUAGCUCAAAACAGUUGAAAUUUUCAAUAAAAAGCUUUAAAAAAUGGAGAUUUAUUU